AUGAAUAAGUGCAACCAAACAGAGAUUUCUGAAUUUAUUUUACUAGGGAUUCAGGGUUCCUGGGAUAUGCAAUGUUCCCUUUUUUCUAUAUUAUUUGUGACGUACCUCUUAACAAUAACUGGAAACGUCUUCAUAGUUGGGUUGGUUAUGAGAAGUCAACUGCUUCACACCCCAAUGUAUUUUUUCCUCUGUCAUUUAUCAUUAUCUGACAUCUUGUUGUCUACAAAUGUGGUCCCUAACUUGCUAUGCACCUUACUAUGGUCAGGUAAGACCAUAUCAGUCAGGGGCUGUGUCACACAGUACUAUUUUAGCUGCUUAUCAACAAUAUCUGAGUGUUUCCUCCUCACAGUGAUGUCUUACGAUCGCUAUUUGGCCAUUUGCAGACCACUGCAUUAUGUGACUAUCAUGGACAUCAGCCUCCGUCUCCACCUUGUGAUGUGGUCUUGGUUGCUGGGCUUUCUUAUCAGCCUGUCUGCCAUAAUUUCAAUGUCUACUCUGCAGUUUUGUGGGUGCAAUAUCAUUGACCACAUCUACUGUGACGUCUCACCCCUGCUUGAGGCAUCUCGCUCAGUCACUUCCAUUGUGGAAAUCGAAACUGUUGUAUUCUCUAUUCCAAUUGUGCUUUUCCCUUUUAUGUUUAUUAUUAUAACUUAUGUCAGAAUUGUCCUCACUAUCCUGAAGAUCCCCACAACAGCUGGAAGACAGAAAGUCUACUCCACCUGCAGUUCCCACAUCGCAGUUGUCACCAUGUACUAUGGCGCCUUAAUUGCUAAAUAUACAGUGCCAUCUUCUGGACAUUCGGUGAAUUACAGCAAGGUAAUUUCCCUCCUGUACGUUGUGGUUACACCACUACUGAAUCCUGCAAUAUACAGCCUGAGGAACCAGGACAUAAGAGUUGCUCUGAGGAAAGUGAUAUACUGUAGCUAA